AUGUAUAGGGGAGUCAUCCCACUCGCAUCGGUACUCCACGCUCUGGCGGUGGUCAGAGCCCAAAGUUCGGAGCCGACGAUCGACCUCGGCUAUGCGACAUACCAAGGAGCAACAAACAGUAGCACGAGCAUCAGUUCAUUCCUUGGAAUCUCAUACGCUGCGCCCCCAACCGGUGACCUGAGAUUCCAGGCACCACAAGCGCCUGUCGUUGUCAGUGGCGUACAGCAAGCGACCGCACAGCCAAACGAGUGCUAUCAGGCUCCGUUCGGAAACGCGACCACAAGCUCAUUUCCCUACGGGUACGCCGACUCAAUUUCGGGUGGUGCAUCAAUAAGGAAGCGGGACGUAGAACCGUCUGAGGAUUGUCUUUAUCUCAACGUCUACACGCCGGCGGACGUCAGCUCGUCCACGAGCGCAAGUCUGCCUGUGCUGGUGUGGAUUCACGGAGGCGGUUAUAUAGCCGGCGGUGCAUCAGGUUUCGACGGUGCGGACAUCGUUCAAGAGUCCGCGAAUGGCCUAGUCGUUGUCGUCAUCCAGUACCGACUUGGUGUAUUUGGGUUUUUAUCGGGCAACGAGGUCGUCAAUGGUGGAGGGGCGCUCAAUGCAGGGUUGCUUGAUCAGACCUAUGCUUUGCAGUGGGUACAGAGCCAAAUCAGCAAGUUUGGCGGUGACCCUUCGAAGGUGACUAUUUGGGGAGAGUCGGCAGGUGCUGGAUCGGUGCUGCAGCAUAUCAUCGCAAAUGGUGGAAAGACCCAGUCCCCAUUGUUCCGCGCGGCGAUGACAAGCUCAACAUUCUUGCCGUCGCAGUUUGCAUACAAUGAUACUGUUCCUGAGACCAUAUUUGCGUUUUUCGCUAAUGGAACUGGAUGCUCGACGUCUGUGACGCCGCUGGCGUGCAUCCGAAACGCGUCCGUGGAUACCCUCGAGAGCUUGAACAAUCAAGCCAAUCUGAACGGAUUCUACCGCACGUAUGUGACGGUGCCUGUCAUCGACUACAAGAUGAUCGUCGAGCGUCCGAUAACGACGCUCCAGCGCGGAAGCGUGAACGGGGAAGUGCUGUUAACAAUGACGAACACACAUGAGGGAAACUUCUUUGUCAAUUACGCUGAGACGCUCAACACUACGUCCUAUGUCAAGAAUCUCUUCCCGCUGCUACCAGAGUCUGGCGUGCAGCAGGUCGUGAACGCGUAUGCGAAUUACACGGUCGGGCCCGGCGGUGGCCCUGCUGUUGGAGAUGUCCUGGGCCAAGCUAUUGGGAUAAUGGGUGAAUCCAUCUUCUAUUGCCCGUCAUACUAUCUCCUUGAAGCGUUCUCGAAAGCCAACAAGAGCGCAUGGAAGGGCACGUUCGCCAUCCCGGAUGGGUUCCAUGCAACCGAUAUUCCGUAUUACUUCGUGAGCGCAGGUCCAGCGGUUGACAACGCGACGUUCAUCGCGUCCUUCUCUGGAGCGUUCACCGGAGUCGCGCUUGCGGAGACACCGAAUCAUCACCCCACCAAUGUCUCGAUCACUCCCAAGUGGACUACAUGGCCUACGAGUGAGAUGGAGGUCGUGUUCAAUACGACAGAGGCGGGCGACGCGAACAUUUACGCGUCGACAACGGAUGUGGUUUAUCCGGGUAUCAUUGAACGGUGCAAUAUCUGGCAUAGUCUAGGGCAGUACACUGGACAGUGAACUCGAAGCAAGACGGGCGGGAGAGUCGAUUCUUCACAUACUUCAUGGCUGUGUCGAGUCAGAAAACAUUAGUGACAUCUUCGGCAAUACUGGCUCGAGCAUUUUCAAAGCGGUUGACAACGCUGCUGACUCGAAACAUGUACACGUGUUUUUAUUAUCAAUGUGGACGUUUCCAAUGAAAUGCAAUCACUAGGCAUUGCUCAACUGCUACAGAGAAACUGACUUCGAAUUCAACCCGAUCAACUUGUCCGAACUGUAAUUAGGCCUUAUCGCGGACUACAUAUUGUAGCACACCCCAGUCUAGCCUGAUCAACCAACGCCGGCGUCCAGGUGAAUAUCCACCGCAGCUCAUCUGCAAUAAUAAGUACCCAUAUAGAGGUUCCCCGGAUAAGGCCCAAGGGGAUCCAGCAAGUUCCCGACGGACACAUUGGGGACAGUCCGAAUUGUGCACUCCUCAUCCGUGGCGUCGUCAUCUCCAGGACACUCGUAGGCGACAUCCUCCACCCCAGAUGCAGACUCCGAGACUAUGUGGAUUUCGCCUUGGACGUGGGAGAACCCCAAGAAUUCGCCCGGGAGGAUAGGGAUGGGGUCUCGCGCAUGGUUGAUGCGGACGAAGUCGGUGACCUUGCCGUCGAAGAACGACGCAUAUCCUGGAUUCCCGACGCGUGGAGUACCGUACGUCUGGCCCUUGAUGUGAAUAUCUGAAGGUAGGUUGAGCGUCAUGUAGAGGCACUCCAGCUCCGCGAGCGCGGUGCCGAGCGAGUGGCCGACGAGGAUGACCUCAGUCGCAGAGUGCUUUGAGAUGAGGUUUUGAACCUCAGCAAGGAUGAUUUGGGCGGUCUUGGCAUGUUCAUGAGCAAAGCCCUCGUGUACAAGGAUGUCACUGGGAACGCCAGGGAACAAAACCGGGUCGAGGUUUGUCUUCAGAAUAUUGGCAUCGGUGAGGUCGGCUUGGAAUUUAAACGGAUCCGUUCUUUGGUGUGCCACCACUGGCCGAGACUAAGGACAAGGUCAGAUACAGCAUCCUCAUAGUCCGGGUGGUCGUGUGGCCCAUUAAUACAGAGAAUUCGGAGAGAUGGACACAGAGUUCCAAUAGAGUGCAAAAAUGACCGCGCGACCUUGAAACUACUAGGGUUGUCGAUGAGGGGAAGAUCCAUGUGGAGCUCCCGCAGGCUAGGACCGAGCAUAACACGCAAAAACGAAUACACCUCUUCACGAGUGUCCUUCCAUUGCAGGCCAACCAAGUUAGGAAACAGUGAAGAAGAGUGAGGAGGGAAGCUAAGCGAAGUAAAGGCCGACGAUGAAAUUCGCUUGAAAAACUUGUGCUGGAUCUGGUCGUUAUGUUCGAGACUCUGGACUCGAGCAGAGUAGCACCGGAUGCGAUCCCAAUGUUUUCUGCCCAAAGGGCGACGGAUAAUGAAUAGUCUUUCUUCAUCUCCUUCGUCGUCAAGAUCCCAUUCCGUCUCCCACCAAUCUUCCGGAAGCGUCAUGAUCAGAGGUCCCAGAUGAUCGAGUUCGGCCCAGAGCACGUCCAAUGCGGGCUCUCUGAAGUUGCGACAUGUAGCGGCAAGUGCUGCUAACGCGCCGCUUUCGGCCGAAGGA